UCCAAAGUCAAAGCACCAUAAAAUCUCCAUCAGUCAUAGAGGAGCUGUGUUUCCUCCUUCCUUAAACUGUGGGGGAAUCUUAACUAGACCGAAACGGAUUCAUGAGGAUCACAAGCUAAAAGAUAUUCAGGGACCUGGAAGGAAAGAAAUUAAACCGUGAUGCUGCGAAAGGGGGAAAUGGUUUGGGUGGACUCGGACAUCGAGGUGCCCAUUGGAGCUAGGAUCAAAGAAACACCAACGGGUCAGAGGUUCCUGGUGGACGAUGAGGGAAAUGAGCGACGUCUGUCCCUGCAGGAGGAGGCCUCUCUCAGGAUCAUGCACCCGACAUCUGUGGAGGGGGUGGAUGACAUGAUCAAGCUCGGGGACAUGACGGAGGCUGGCCUCCUCCGGAACCUGCAGCUCAGACACAAACAAGGCUUCAUCUACACCUACAUCAGCUCGGUUCUGGUUGCAGUAAAUCCAUACCAGGACUAUCCCAUUUAUUCAGCUGAGCAGGUGAAGUUGUAUCACGGGCGGAAGCUGGGCGAACUUCCUCCGCACAUCUUCGCCAUCGCUGAAGCCUGUUAUUCCAACAUGACGCGCAAUCACAGAAACCAGUGCUGCAUCAUCAGUGGGGAGUCUGGAGCAGGGAAGACGGAGAGCACCAAAUUAAUCCUUCAGUACUUGGCAGCAAUCAGUGGAGAGCUGUCUCAACAGCAGAUCGAGAAGCAGAUCCUGGAGUCCAACCCAAUCCUAGAAGCUUUUGGGAACGCAAAAACAAUCCGCAAUGACAACUCCAGUCGCUUUGGAAAAUAUGUGGAGAUUUUCUUCAACAAACAGGGUGUGAUCAAAGGUGCUCGUGUGGAGCAGUAUCUUCUAGAAAAGUCUCGCGUUUGCCAUCAGGCUUUAGAAGAGCGAAACUACCACGUAUUCUACUGCAUGUUGGCAGGAAUCACGGCAGAUGAGAGGAAAGCUUUGAGGCUUGGAUAUUCCAGGGAAUAUAACUUCCUCACUAAGGGUGGUCAGAUAACGUGUGAGGGCAGAGAUGACGCUAAAGACUUCGGCCGUAUCCGACUGGCUAUGAAGAUUUUGACCUUCUCAGAAGCCCAGUUCCAGGAGAUCCUCAGGCUGCUGGCCGCUAUAUUACACCUGGGGAACAUCCGCUUUGAGGCUUCUACCAAAGAUAACUUGGAAACCAGCGAUGUGGCCAAAUCCGAGCAUUUUGGCAUCGCUGCGUCGCUGUUGGAGGUCCAGAAUUCUGCCCUGGCCACAAGUUUGACACAUCGCUCCUUCAUGACCAACAGAGAAAGGGUGACCAAACCUCUGAGCUCUGAUCAGGCCACCAACUGUAGAAACGCUGUUGUCAAGGCGAUCUACAACAAGCUCUUCAUUUGGAUCGUUGGUAAAAUCAACAGUGUCAUCCAUCAGAAGCAGCACGGUCAACCCAAGUCCUCCUACCUGUCCGUCGGCCUGCUUGACAUCUUUGGUUUUGAGAACUUCAAAACAAACAGUUUCGAGCAGCUUUGCAUUAAUUUUGCUAACGAGAAGCUGCAACAGUUUUUUGUGAUCCACAUCUUCAAGCUUGAGCAAGAGGAGUACCGGAAAGAGGGAGUUGUGUGGGACAACAUCAAGUUCAGUGACAAUCAGAAGAUCCUGGAUCUUCUGGCUGGGAAACCCUGUAACCUGCUGGCUCUGAUUGAUGAGGAGACUCAGUUUCCUAAGGGGUCAGACCACACUCUGCUCACCAAGAUGAACGACAUGCACAAAAGAAACAAGAUCUACGUUAAGUCUCUAAGCGAACACGAAUCUCGUUUUGGAAUUUGCCACUUUGCGGGUCCGGUUUACUACGACACCAACGGAUUCCUUGAGAAGAACAGAGACGCGGUCAGUUCUGACAUCAUCAAGAUGAUCGACAUGUCCAGCAGUAAGCUGCUGCGUCUGAUUUUUGAGAAUGAGCUUUCUACCAACGGAGUGAAGAAUGCUAAAAACGCCAGGUUCAUCAUGACGCCCAUCAGCUCUCUGCGGGGUCAGCCUGACAACCGUAAACAAGUGCCAACUCUGAGCGGUCAGUUUCGUCUGUCUCUGGAUACCCUCAUGAAGGCUCUGUCAGCCUGCCAGCCUUUCUUCAUCCGCUGCUUCAAACCCAACAAUGACAAGCAGUCUGAGAUGUUUGACAGAGAGCUGUGCUUGCGUCAGCUGAGAUACUCCGGCAUGAUGGACACCAUCAGAAUCAGGAAGCUUGGGUAUCCUGUGCGACACACCUUUGAGGAUUUUCUGAACCGCUACCGAGUCCUCCUGAAGACGACCGUCUGUGACCCCACAACCAGCAAAGCUGCAGCCUGUUGUGAAGCCAUCUGCAAGGCUGUGAUUAAAGGACGGGAUGAGUGGAAAAUAGGCAGGAACCAAAUUUUCCUGAAGGAUGCACAUGAUGUUGUUCUGGAGCGUCUGCGGGAAGAGGAACUGAGCAGGGUUGCCGUGGUGAUCCAGAGGGUCAUGCUGGGACACAGAGACAGAAAGUCUUUCCUAAAGAAGCGAAGAGCAGCUGUGGUGUUGCAGAAACACUGGAGAGGUCACAGUGAGAGGAUUCAGCAGAGAAAGGUUCAGCAGGGUUUCACACGUCUGGUGUCACAGGUCCGAAGUCGAACACUCCAGUCUCAUUUCUACAGACAGCGAGCCGCAGCGAUCACCAUCCAGAAACAGGUGCGAGGCUUCAUGGUGAGGAGUGACUAUAAGAGACGGAGGCAACAGAUCGCAGCGCAGGUCCUCCUCCAGGGCCAGAUCGCUACGGAACUCCAGCAGCGACUGCUACAGGUUGUUGCAGAGCAAACCAUAGCAGCACCAGAGAACGCCUAUGAACAGGACUCAGAAGAGGUGGAGUAUCAGGAGCUCAUCCAUAUGGAGGAGUCGGAGAAGGAGGAGUCACUGAAGGAGGAGUCACUGAAGGAGGAGGAGGAGGAACAAAGUGCUGAACAAAACCCUCCAAGGGUCAAGGUGUUUAAAGAACCAGUGGAGAAAAUCUCAGAGAAACCAGAACCAAGGAUGGAAAUCGUCAUUACUCCAGCCUCUCCACCAAGAACCCCAACACCUUCACCAGAAGAAAUGCCCAGCCUGGGUCAGGAGGAUGAGGUCUUCUACGACAGUUCCAACGCUGAGAGUGACCCGUUUUCCUUCUACAAUUACAGCAAAAAGUACUUCCAGAACAAUGUCAGCCACGACCACACACCCCAGAGACUGAGGCAGUCCCUCCUGCUGCAUGAGGACGAGGGGGACGCUCUGGCGAGUUUGUCGGUGUGGUGGAUUAUUUUGCGUUUCAUGGGGGACUUGCCAGAGCCAAAAUCAGCUGACUCAAUAUCGCAGCUGUCAAGCACCAUGUCCCAGAGCACCACGUCCCAGAGCACCUUAUCCCGUCUCCUGCCUCAGAAGCAUGGCCGGAGGCUCAGCAGCAUAGUGGGACUGGACAUGAAAAUACUGAGGAAGAAUAAGAAGAAACACAGCACAGGAAACAGAAGAGCUUCAGCCAUUCCUGAGGAGUCAGAGGACUUCAUUGAGGAGGAGGAGGACAUUUUGGUUGGAGAGGGUCCCACGCUGGAUCGACCUCUCACAUCCCUGCAAAAGUUACACUAUAUUGUUGGAUACGGCCUGGAAAGACGAGGCAUUCGAGACGAGAUCUACUGUCAGAUCUGUAAGCAGCUGGUGAACAACAAGAACAGGCGGAGCUGCAUUCAAGGCUGGACUCUCCUGUCCAUCUGGCUGGGGCUCUUCCCACCAUCAGAACACUUCCAGAGGUAUCUGGAGAAUUUUCUUUGCAGAGGCCAAAAAGGUUACAGUGACUUCUGCAGCAGGCUCCUGCGUCGAGUCCUAGCCAACGGGGAGAGAAAAGAGUUGCCCUGCUGGAUCGAACUGCAGGCUGCUGGGAAGAAGGAGCUCACAGAUGUUUCUGUGACACUAACGAACGGCGAGUCAGUCGGUGUUCAGCUGGAUUCGGCCUCCACGUCUGCUGAAGUCUGCCAAGCUGUGGCGGACAAGAUUGGACUCCGAGAAACCUACGGCUUCUCCCUCUACAUCAGCUUCUAUGAGAAGUUGUGGUCUCUGAGCAGCUGUGGGAAGCAUGUGAUGGACGCGGUGUCUCAAUGCGAGCAGGAGAUGAGGAGACAGGGUCGGGAGGAGAGGGACACCCCGUGGCACCUGUCCAUCCGCAAGGAGUUGUUCACGCCGUGGCACGACUGCUCGCUGGACCCCGUUGGUACAGAUCUGAUUUACAGGCAGGUCAUCACAGGAAUCAAGUCUGGAGAAUACGUCAGUGACAAGGAGGAUGAGUAUGUCCAGCUGGCUGCGAUGCACCACUUCAUCCGGUUUGGGUCCGAGCUGAACAGAGACGACGUGGAGAGUGUGGUUCUGGAGUGCAUCCCCACCACCAGCAUCGAGAGUAAAUCUAUGACCAAAUGGAUCCAGCUGAUCACAUCUGCGCUCUCUCAGAAAACCUACUUGAACGGGGACAUGACAGCUCAGCAGGUGAAAGGAGAGCUGGUCGACAUCGCUCUGAAGAAAUGGCCCCUGGACUUUUCAAAGUUUUACCAGGUCACAAUGAUGUCGGGACCUCCUUUGCCCAAAAGCAGGUUUGUUGUAGCUGUAAACUGCUUCGGUGUCAUUUUCAUGGAGAGAAAAGAGAAGACUCUCGUUGAGAUUCCGUACCUGGAAGUAAAGAAAAUCAACAUGACAAGUGAUAACCACCAGACGACGACUCUGGCCACAGUCAGAGGAGAGUAUGUGCUGAAGUGUGCGGAAGCUGCAGACAUGGUCAACGUACUGGAGUUCAUUGUCAAAGAGCUCAGACGGAGAUCCAGGUACGCAGUGGUUCUGCAGGAUGUCAAUAAGCACGACGAUCCCAUGCUCCUGGUCUGUAAACGCGGCGACCUGCUGUUAGUAGACAAAGAUGAGAAACAUUCCCAGGAUGAGAACUGGUUCAGAGCAACCAACAGGCGAACCAGCAGCAGUGGUGCAGUCUCCAUGGACAGUGUCCAGUUUCUGCCGACUCUUACCAAUCCCACAGAGGAGAUGCUGCAACCCUUCCGUCCAAACAUCAGGAGAGCCUCCAACGCCGGCAACAUCCCAAUAACAGAAGAGACGGUGGCUCCUGUUUCUCUGAAAGGCUUUGCACUUGAGAACUUUAGGUCUGCUGGGAAAGAUGGCGGCCGCGGUGCAUCCAAAGGAGUCACCAGGGAGAAGCUCUGGGUUUUUUCCAGAGAUCCCAUCAAACAGCCACUCAUGAAGACUUUGGUCCGCAACUCAGAACUCAGCGGCCUGGCCUGCAACGCUUUCACUGCCAUCUUGAAGUACAUGGGCGACUACCCCAUCAAACACUCUCGAAGUCCUCUGGAGCUGACUGAACAGAUCUUUGGUUCGGCCGUGCGGCAUAAAGCCCUGCAGGAUGAAAUCUACUGCCAGAUAAUGAGACAGAUGACCAACAACAGCAGCAGCUUGAGUGUGGAGCGAGGGUGGCAGCUGAUGUGGUUGUGCUCAGGCUUGUUCCCGCCCAGCCCAAAUCUGAAGACAUACGCACAACGCUUCCUGGAGUCGCGGCGCAAAGACCCGCUGUCUGCCGGCUGCCUACGGAGGCUGCAAGAGAUUUGCAGUAAGGAGCCCAGGAAGCUACCUCCCCAUCAAGCAGAGGUGGAGGCCAUCCAGCAGAACAGCACCCAGAUCUUCUAUAAAGUCCACUUCCCAAAUGACACAAAUGAUCUGUUAGAAGUCACUUCAACCACCACAAACAAAGAGCUGCGCUGCCGCAUCGCCUCCUUCCUCAGACUGAGCUCAGCUGAUGGGUACGGGUUGUACAUGAAGACAACCCAGAAGGUGACUACUAGCCUGGAUGAGGACAAAUAUUUCUUUGACAAUAUCCAGCAGCCUUCAGAGCUUCCUAAGAAGGCAAAGAAAGCUAAGGAAGGUCAUUUGAUCAACCUGCCAUGCCUGGUGAUCUUCAAGCGGAAGCUCUGGUUCAAUGUGAUCCCUGGGAAAGACCUGGUUGCAGAUAUGACUUUCCACUUCCCACAGGAGCUGCCCAGGUACCUCCGAGGAUACCACAGCUGCACCAAAGAAGACAUGGUAAAUCUGGGUGGGCUGCUGUUUAGAGCCACAGUGGACUCUGACAGGUCCCAGUUUGUCAUGAUCCCUAAAAUGCUGAAUGAGCUGGUUCCUGCUGACCAGCUGAAGAUCAUGUCUCCUGAGGACUGGAAGAAGAACAUCAUCUCGUCAUACAACAGGCAGAGUGGCAACACGGUGCAGGAGGCUAAGGUCGCUUUCCUGAGGACCAUUUCCUGCUGGCCCACCUUUGGCUGUGCCUUCUUUGAAGUUAAACAAACGUGUGAACCCGACUACCCCAAUAUACUUUGGAUUGCCAUUCACAAAAAAGGUGUCAGCUUAAUAGACCCCCAAACUAAGGAGCUGCAAGUGAUGCAUCCAUUCAACCGCAUCACCGAGUGGAGCAGCAAAGGCAACGUGUUCCAGAUGACCUUCCGCACCAUGGUGAGGGGCGUCGUCUUCGUCUGUGAGACUCCACAGGCUUACACCAUGGAGGACCUAGUGAGUUCAUACGUCAGGAUGUACGAGGAACUGAAGCAGUAUUCUCGGCCAAAGAACAGUAUGUUUUCCUGAAGCUUCAGCGAGAGAGGAAGACAAAAACGACCGAACUGCACUCAGCAUCUUUUUUUGCAUUUGUAAAAAGAUUAAAUGAGAACAUUUAGCCGUAAACAGGUUUCUUCUAUUAAAGAAAUUGUGAAAUCCAAACUUCUAAAUGCAUCUUUCCUUUGUUUGUGGAUUCAUUAAGAUUGUUUCUUUUAUCAUAAUAAACAUUUAAGUUGUACUUGCAUGUUGGUGUAAUUGAA